UGCAGUUUCUGUGGUUAGGUUCGAUCAUCGCUGAUAUUAUGUCGCGAAUAUUUGUUGUUUGAAGUGUGUUAUUAGUUUUCAGACGCAAGUUAGCGGCAGACAGUUCUUGCAGAUUAAAAAUGAAUAAAGAACGAAGACUAGUAAGAGCUCGGUGUUUGCCCCCGAAUGUAGAUGGUGACAUAAUCGGUCAUUUAACCUUAAAAGUGGAUGAAAUUGUUUGGCGCAGAAAAACUUGCAUGAAUACUGUUGUUUUGGUUCAGUGGUGGGGUGAAAAUGAACCAGCGAUAUUUAGGCCACUAAAUGUAAAAUCAAGCUUCAGUGGGAGUGCAACAAACACAACAGUUUCUUAUGAGAUAAAGACAAAUAUCAGCUUGUUUGAAGAAUAUUUGAAAGACUGUGAAGUUCUCAAUCUUUCUGUCGUUGAUGAAGAGCUGAUUAUGAUUGUGGGGUAUGUCACUAUUCGUGGACUAUCUACAUUAAUGUAUGAAAGUCCAUAUGAACAUUAUUUUCCAAUUAUGAAUGAAUUCAGGAAUAGAAUUGGUGAUAUCCAUGUUGUAUUCUGCUUGGAGCUCAUUCGCCAGUUCCAAAAUGCACAUUGUUUCACAAAACAUAUUACUUCAAGUAUGCAGGUUGUGAAAGAAAUGUCAAAACACAGAGUUGUGACUUGCAAAGAAAAUACCUUACAUGGGCACAGGAAGAAAUUGAAAAAAUGCUCUAAACACUACAGAAGUUGUUUGAAGAAUGGAAUUCUCCCUAACAAUACAUCUGCACUUACCUGUGCCAUUUAUGAACCUCAGCAGUCAAAGGGAAAUCACGUUGUUGCAGAUUCAGUAAUAUCAAGAAUUUUAGAACAGGGGCAGAGACUUCGUGAUGCUAUGGUUAGAUCAGUCCUUGAAGAUGAUAUAGAUAACGGAAUUGAUGUGCUUCAGUCUGGUUGUUUAACUGAUAAAAUGCUGAGUACAGGGAAUGAAGGCAGAAAAGUGUUCUUUGAUGAUGCAAAGGUCAUCAAGUUUCUUUCUGGCAAGACUAUGACCCAACAAGAUGAAGAAUAUGCCAUGGAGAGACUGAAGAACAUGCCAUCUGUUGCCAGUUUUUUAGAAAUGGUUAGGGAAUUGGGCAUGAAGGAGGAGGUCAUUGUUGAGAAUGAUGAGACUCCUGAAAAUGAAAGUAGCAAGAUGGCUGAAUCAGAACUGGAAGCUGUUGAAUCUUCAGUCCCCUUCUCAGAAGAGGGAAUUAGUCAUGAAAUCACAAAGGAACGUGGUAUUCAUAAUACUGGAGGGAAGGAAGUCAAUGUUGAUCCUUUAGAAUCAGAUGCUGUUCUACAGACAGACCUCUUAAUGAAGAUUGUUGACAGUCUUAAAAUUACAGUUCAUAGUUUGGCUAUAGACAAUAAUGAAAGGAACAAAUAUCAAAACUGUGUACAGUUAGACACCAGGAAAAUGAAUUUCCUUCAUGAAUUGUCUAUGCAGCGUGGGACAUUUUACUUUGUGGAGUUUGAACUUCUGUACCCUUAUGACCUGGGAGUGAGGAGAGAGACAAAAGUAGUAAAUGAAGGAGAUGAAACCAAACAUGCAAAGAGUAGUAGGCCGUGGCACAGCAAGGUGAAAAGGUUCUGCUCAAGGAAGAAGAUUGGAUCAGAUAUUUAUUUUGGACAAAGUUCAUUGUACAUUCUACCAACAAGCAAGACUUCAUUUUGCAGACUUCUGAGGGAUGGAAACAUUACAUUUAGGGUUUACUCUCGUCAUUUACAUCAGAAAUUACCUUUACAAAUUGGUGAAGCAUGCUUAAGAAUGACUGACAUUUUAAAAUCGGAAUCCUUUAUCUUUCACGAUGAUAUAGAAAUUUUAUAUAGAACUAAAAUACCUGAAUGUCAAGUGCAUAUAGGAGUUUUGAAGAUCACAGUCCAGUUGGGGUCAGGACAGAGAAACUUUGGUAAUAAUUUUCUGAACAAGUUAAAUAGUGAUGGCAUGCGUACUGAGGUUGUCAGUGACUGUGAAAAUAUGAAGCCUGGUGCAUCUGAACAUAAGCGUGAAGCCAACUUAAAACCUGUGUCAGACACAAGACUUGCACCCAGACAUCAUGCUUCCAGCAUUUCCAGAAGGAUUAUUAAGAACAAUGGGAGCAGUGGCAUAAGUUGUGACGUAAUUAAGGAAAACCAAUUUUGCAAGAACAGUGAACAGGAAAUCGGGUUAGAUCAUAGAGUGGCAGAUUCUUCACUAUCUGAAACAAGGUUGAAUGAGCCUGUCCUCCUCCAUAGCCUACUGCACAUCUCAGAAGGCCAAGGUUUUGAUGGCUUAAAUUCUUACCUUGUCUGUCGAGCAUUUUGGAAAGAUGAUAUUAUAACCAGUGACAUCUGUUGCAUGACAGGAAAUCCACGUUAUAAUUUCCAUGAGUUGAUUCCAGUUCUGAUGUCAAAAGCUUUCCUAGAUCGCAGCCAGAAUAACGUUCUGGUCGUGGAAUUGUGGGAAAGAAGGUUUGCUGCAGAUUGUGACUUACUGAUAGGGAUUGCGAAACUACCUCUGAACAAGUUCUUUGUUGCGUAUAGAGAUCCUGUUGUUGCUGCUCAGCUUCUGUUGUCAAAGUAUCCUGUAAUUGCUGUUGAUGGAUGGGUAACAGUUUACAACCCAGUGACUAGGCUGCCAGCUGGUCAGCUUCAUGCAAUCUUGGCCCUUGGCACAGAGGACCAAGUUUGGUUACUGAAAGUAACUCGUCUUGAUAACAGCAGUGAUGGUGUUCGAACCACAUCUACAGGAAAACUCACAUCAAUGGUACCUAUGCCGACAGCACAUGACAGCAACGAUGGUAUCCAAACAGCACACCUAGGUGGACAAAUGUUGAUGGAACCAACGCCAGCAACUUACAGUGACAAUCACAGCAUUCAGACAUCGUCAGUAGGAGAACACACAUCAGUGGAACCAUUUCCAUGCUCAAUAGUAAACCAUUAUGCCCCAGUUUUCUCAGGGAACUCUAAAUCUCAGGCAAGACACAUCAAUAAUAGUGCAUCAGUAAUUUCGGAAUUACCACAAAGGUUUUAUGAUCAUGCAUAUGCAUCAGCAUCUUUGCAGCAAUGUUCUUACCAUAACAGCGACAGUGUACCUACAUUAGGCACCCAAGAACCUGGUAGAGACAAGACAGUAGAUGUAAGGGACUUGACAAAAUCAUUGCCUCAUUCACCAAUGGUAUCACAUGAAGUGAACAGCCAGUGUACAGAAUUUUGGCAAAGUUCGUUUGAUAAUGUGGAAAGACAUUUGUCAUUUCAAAAUACUAAAACUGCAAAACAUAGUGUUCAGAAAUCAUGUGCCAUACAAAAUCAAAGGCCAUCGUUAGCUUUCAAACAUCCAGUUAACAGAAAAGAACAAUAUCCACAGGGCCACAGCUUCCAGCAUUCAGCAGAUAAGCUAAUGGUGAAGAAUCACAAUGUGGGCUCCUCUGGAACAAAAGACUUCUCUCAAUCCACUAGGGGCCAGCAGGUGAAGCAGUCAAGAUUACAGUCAAAAGGUGAUCAGUCCUUGCAAUCUGGCACUGGUUGGCAAACUGAUGACAUCAUUAAUGUCAAGCCUUCAAAUAAAGAAACAAAAACCAGAGUCAGUACAAAGCACCAGGAAUCACAAGCUGGUUUACCUACCUUAGAUGUGACCACUUCUGAAACAGUGACAUUACAGAACACCUCCAAGUCCACUGAAACCUAUGAAUUACUCUCUGAUCUACCACUUGAUAUUAUUUAUGAAGCUUGUGUUAGUAGUACUGAAGUGUUGAAUGUGCAGCCAGAUGAAUUGAGUGACUCACAGAGUCCCAGUUUUUCACAAAAUGAACACACAAAUGAAGGAGUGAGCAGUAAGGAAUUGUCUUCUCAGUGUACAGAAGUAUCAUCUCAGGGUCCUUUUAAACUGAUAAAUUAUUUAAAGGAUGGUACUGGGGGAGGUACAAAUAAAAUAACUUAUUCUGAAUCAGAGAGAACUGAUUUAAAUGCAGACAGUUUUCUGGGAAUCGACAGCAGGGCUUCAGAUGCGCAACAGUGUGUUUCAGUGUUGGAUGAUUUAGAAGCAUCAAAAUCUGCUGAGGCUGAUCCUGAAAGUAGUUUUCAUGUUCAUGUAGAAAUAGAGAGGGCCAUGCAUCUCCAGUAUUACAGGCAGAAUGAGGGGGAUGAGGCAAUAGCAGGAAAAGCAACUGAGCCAAGUACCUAUGUUACUUUCUUGCUUAAGCAGGGAAGUGCCAAUGAAUCUGAGCUGCAGAUGUUCACUCCACUAGCAUCACACAGUGCCAACCCAUCAUGGUGCUGGCAUUGUGAUACUUGGUUGUCUUCAGAUCUCCUAACAAAUAACUGCGAACGUAUGAUCUUCAAAGUUUGGCAGAGUGUAAAUGGAUCUUGCAAGGACCCUGUGAGAGAUGUACUUUUGGGUUUUGCAGCUGUUGAUUUAACUGUUUUACUAUAUGGAAUGCCACUGGUGUCUGGAUGGUUCAGUAUUACGGAUUUUUCAGGGCUGUGCAGGGGACAUAUUAAAAUCAGCAUAAUGCCUUUGGAGAAUUUAAGUAAUUUCAACCAGUGUAAAAUACCUGAGCCAAAGAUGACAGAGAAACUGCAAGGGAACUGCUGUGGUAAGCAUCGUUCUGGUUGUGUGGACUGUCAGCAGGUGCAGGAUGAGGAACAUAAUGAGAAACAGAGGAGUACAGUUACCCAUCCAUGUGGCGUUAGUGACAACAUGUACAGUGUGUCACAUGUCCCGUCAGAGACAUCUGCAGCAGAGAAUUCAGAAAUAUUUACAAGCAGAACCUCACAUACUCACAGUGCAUCAUUACAUCCUGCAAAUAAUGGACUGAGUGGUGUGAGACGUUGUUCUCUAAACUGUGAUGCUGGGUUGCAAGGAAAAAUGACAUCAUCACUUCUUUCCCAAGCACUCACGCAGAAGCUUUCAGAACUGGAUGAAAUUACGCAGAGAUUAAAGAAAAGGUUGCAUUUUGUAACAGAUGAAGGUUCUACUCAAUCAUUCUUAACUCAGAUACAAGAAACUGAAAUCUCCUUCAGGCCUGAAACAGCCAGUAACAAUAUAUCAAAUACAGAGGGGAGCAAAAAUUUGAGAGGUGAGAUAUCACCCGAAAAUGAAGGAAAUUCAGACCUUGGCAGUACAGUUGCAAAUUCUCCAGAAGUUACAGCAGGUUCCAAAUAUUCAGAAGACCCAAAUAAUAGAGAAAGUGUACAUUUUAAAGUUGCAAAAGAAAACUAUAAAAUACCUCAAAUUUCCUCUCAGAAGUAUGAAAAUUUUAAAAAUAGCAUGGUGUAUUCAUUGCCAAGUAAUAAUUUUGUUUAUAUUUCAAGUACUAAUUCUUAUCCACUACCACAAAGUAAUGUAAGCAACAUUCAGGGUUAUUUACCUAAAAGGAGUGAGAAUCAUGUAGUCAGGAGGACACCAGUGAAUCACAUGAGCUUAUUGGCAAAUGCAAGUUACCCUGAUGAUUCCAGCAGCUGCAAGAAAAUCUCUUCACAUUUAAGAACACAAGGAAAUCAAAUUCAUAAUAAUUGGAAUGAAGGUGUUUCCAAAACUGUAUCAAAUGGAACAAGUGGUGAACAAGAAAUGAGGUCAGAUGCUGAGGACACAGAUGAUUUUGACAAACUGACAGAUUACCUGAUGGAAACAUCUGCUAGAGAACUUGAAUUGGAAAAUGUGUUCAACCCCCUACUCUUUCACCAGUUAUUGAGCACGUGCAAUGAAAUGUACAUUUCUGGUUUCAAUAAACAACAUCAUGUUGGGUGCCAUCAUGUAUCGUCUCAAGUCAGGAGCAAUGCACAGCCUAACAAAGAUUCAGUGAAGAUUUGCAGUGAUUAUGAUGAUACAACACAUGCGGAUAUGGAAGUUGAUGUUGCAAGUAGCGAGCAUUUAAUGUACAUUCUUGAAGAAAAUACACAUGUUAUGAAUGAUAGCUUGUGUAUCAAGAGUAAUGAAGGAAACCAUCGUAUGAAUGAAGCUGGAACAAUGGAAAGAAAUGUUGGUAUGACAAAAGAGAAUAGAACUCAGUUUCACACAGAUGGUGAAAUCAUGGCUAAUGUUUCAUCUGCAUCAGACAUGAACUUGAUGUCAGCUGUGGAAGUAAGUAAUAUGAACCAGUCAUCUUCGUGUGAUAUUUCAUUAGACAUAGUUGAGCAGCAAUACACUAUAGGUGACAUAACAUGUUCAUGUCUCCCGUGUGUGUGUCUGAAUUCUAAACAUGAAACAGGAAACAGAGCCAUUUCAGAAUUGCAGGUCUCACACACAAUAGGGAACAGUAUCAGUGCUCACCCCAGGACCAGUUCUAGCAGUGAUGUCGCCUUUUCUAAUUGUUCAGUGAAUAAAUUAGAAUCUUUGCAUGGUGAAGACUUAGAUGAAAACAGUCAAGAAACAGCAUUUGUAUUAAGGCAGGCUCCGGAAGGUGGGAAUACAAUGGAAGAGAAGAAAACUGUGAAUGCGAAGGCAGUUUUAGAGGGUCCAGUAGAAAUUUUCAGGAUAAGCAAACCAUUUCAUUCAACAGAAGGACAAAAGCAAGGAGAGAACAUUUGUACAAACUCCAGAACUUCUUCGGUUAGAGAUGAGGAAUGUCUGAAUAAUACAUUUCUGAGACCGACCCAAUUGACUCCAUCAUGUUUCAAGCAUAGGAAUGAGUCAGGUGCUGAAGGUACAGAAAUGGACUUGCUGAAGGAGCAGGAGAGAAAGAAACAAAUGCAUUCUUUAAUAAAUGCGGAGAAGAUACAACAUGUUGCGAAGAUUUUUAACACUAAUUUGGCGACUCAAAAUAUUUGACAUACACUAUGCUUAUUUAAUGUAUACAUCCCACAUUUUAUAUGUUUCAUUCCAUUGCAGCUAAACCAGGACGUAAGUUUCAUUGAAACAUUUCCUGUAAUCUCUUGUACUUGAAUUUUACCUUCACUCUUUCCUAUCCCAUUUUACUUGACAAGACUGACUACCAAGUUGCAUUACAUCAGUGUUGCACAAAAUGUGAUUGUGACGCAGGACAACGUGCAAUUUACAAAUAUACUGUAGCAUGUAGACCGUUGCUGGGUCACGGUUGUGAAACGACACCCAUCGCUAAGGCAGCAGAUUCUUAAUAAAUGGGGUUAUGCAACCCAUUUCUGGGCAACAACUUGGUAAAAAGAUUCCCACAGCAAUUGACAUAAAUGCAACAGUAGAAAAUCGGCGUUUUCUAUGUUCUCCAUGCAGGGAAAAUAUAAUGAGGACAGUCAGAUGGAUUUGACAGUUUCGAAAUCCCCCAUAACUUUGGUGAUGACUCUUGGUUCCUUUUUGGUACUAUGGAACUCAAAGUCUUCUUUGAUAACAUUUUUCAGUAGCCUUUGCAGCUGAAUCAGGUUGAUCUGUGACUUUAGUAUUAUUGGGGGCAGCCUACCUGCUUUACCAGGGACUGCCUCCUCCAGUGUUGUGGCCUCAGCGCCCGAAGAAUUGGUGUCCAUAAUUGUUGGCCUGAGAAGGGCGAAAAAGUUGUGAGUGGUUACCUCAUUAGUGGGGGUGCUUGCGGCAGCAGCCGCCUUUUUUCUCUUUUAUAUUCAGGGCAGUCUCGGUGGUGUUGCACCACUUGCGCCUCCAGACUUCUUUGAAGCCUUCCUGCUGGGUUGGCUUUUCAUUUUCUGUUGCUGCGGUGCUGGUCUUCAGAAGGGUCUUUAAUUCAUUCAGUGUAACUCCAUAUGUCCCAUACAGGACGCCGGAGAGAGCCUUGUCUUCAGCAGCGCUGACUAUUGAUAUCUUUUUGGCAUGCUCCCCGACCACAGACUUUAACUAACUUCCUGUAUAUCUGCAACGGAAUACUGCCUUAUCAGCACCUGGUACUCAGACUGUAGUGAGGCACAUUUGUCUGCCCAAAAUUCCUGGUCCCCUGGCACAGGGACCACUACAAACUUUAUGGGUAAAUCACAACUGUCACUAAUUGAUUUUCCCCCCUUUUUCAUCAAUUAUUCAGUCUCUAAGUUUCUUCUUUCUCCACUCCAAAUCUGUCCCUAAAGCAUUGACUCUCAUCUAACCGGUGAGCUGUAGCCUCUACCCCGUCCACCUUCACACCAACUGAAUAAGAUCAUCAGAUAAACAUCACUGUGCAACAAUCAAAUUGAACUCCCUCCAUUAACUUGACUUCUUAGGAAUUCCAGCCUCUUUUAUAAAUCCUCGAACAGACACGGCUGUAAGUAUAUGUUGCUGUCUCGUCAACAAAAUGCAGGGCAAAAUCAUGACAUACAGAUAGGUAACAGAUAUUUUAA